AUGGAUGUGGCCGUGGAGGAGCGUGGGGAGCUGAGAACGUUGAGAGCAGAGGAAUUGAAGAAGGUCGACAUGUUGCAGGGAGAGAUGGAGGAGAUCGGAAGGGAGAGGAAUGAGUUGGUGGCAGAGAGAGAACGACUACAGAUGGAGGCGGCAGAGAGGGAUGGGUAUCUCCGGGAGCGGGAUGUGGUCGUGAAGGAGGGGAAAGCGCUUGAGCUAGAAAAGGCGUUGCGGGAGAUCAGCAGACUGGAGACAGACGCAAAGUUUUUGAGGGAAAAUAAGGAGCACUGUCUUCAGGAAUGGAAUUCGGCAAUAGAGGGUCGGAGCGUCCUGGUCAGCGAGAGAGAUACAGCACGGUUGGACAGAGAUACGGCACGGUUAGAGAGAGAAGAUCUGGCGACGGAAAAGGAUCGACUCAUAAAGCAGAGAGAUUCGGCGAUUCAGAAGAGAGAUCGGGUCCUUAAAGAGCUCACCGCAGCGAUCAGAAACCUAAGGGACGAGGUGGAUGCCCAGGCUAAGGGGACGGCGAGAAUUAUGCAGGACGCUGAUGCUCAAAAGAAAAAGCUCACGGCGGAGAGGGAUACGCUUCGCAGGGAGAACGACGAGUUCUUGAGGGGAAGGACGAGCUUUAUCGCGGAAAGGGACACCCUCCGAAAAGAGAGGGAUGCACUUACGAAGGCCAGGGAUCUCCUGCGUCAGGACAUGAAGAGGUUGGCUUUGGCGGCGACAGGUGCUGAGGUUAUAGGACGGGGCGUGGCCACGGGCAUGGGCGAUUUUCCGCAGAGGACGUUCGCGUUAGCCGCGGAAGGAGAAGAGACCAGCACGGCGGAGGCUAUCGAAAAGAGCGGGUCAGAGAGUAUGAGUGGUGCAGGAACUCUCCCCCAAGAGAAGUCAAUGACGAGAGAAGAUUCGGCUGGAGCAGAGGCAGAGCCCAUUGUAGCGGAGAUCCUCUCAUCUGCGAGCAAGGCUGUUGAUGUGAGACACGGGAACGUUAUGCCCGACCCUGUCGAAGUCGCUUCAUCGCAGGAUCUGGUUGAGCAUGCGGAAGACAACGCGAAGGAAUAUAACGAUGGUCAAAAUAUCUCCUCUUACCCAUCACCGAAGAAAGUCACCAUCUCGUUCAAAACACUCCUGGCCGCCCACAAGUUGCCAUUCAAGGAUCUCAUGCCUGGCUGGCUGAAGAUGGUGGAAAAGACCUUAUAUGCCUCGCGAGCCUUCAAGAGAUGGAGGACGUCACCCUCGAGGUACGAGGAGGAUAUUGCACGGGUCGCGUACAAAAAGAGUCCGACAAUGAGAGUGGGUGUGAUGUACUGGGUUGCUGGUCUUGUCAUGCGAAGGGUACACCACAUCAGUCUUGAAAAUUUGGUCUCGAAAUACCAGCUCGAUCAAAGGAACCUCGUCUGCUUGGAUUCCCAAAUGACUUAUGCGUGUAAGGCGGAACGCGAAAUGAUUUUGGAAGCCCGACAGUUACGCGAUCCUACCUUCAUCCAGGCUACAGAGGCGAAGAUCAAGGCUCAGCGUGAAGUCGCCUCUCGUAGUAAACGCGCGGCUAGACGCGCUUCGUCCUCGCAGCGAAGCGGCUCCCAAAUCACGUCGUCGUCAUCCACUCCACAGGAACCUCUCGAUCCGCCAAAUAUACCCAGAAAGCGCAAGUCGCGUACUUCUUCCUCGAGUCUUUUGCUCACGACGGCCCACGAAAGCAAUAAUUACGAGCCACUUCCCGAAGACGUUCCCCACCGGACCCCGAGAUCGGCCCUCAAACGACAAAAGAUCUGCACCGAUCCGGUAGAAGAGUAUCGAGCUUGGACGGAUGCUGUAGCAAGUUACAUAGUUCGUCCUAGGUCUGAGUUACGGGAUUACAGUUCAGAGAUGUGAGCGUAUGUGCUCUAGGGCAGUUCCAGGCUGUAGACCUGGUGGGAACCAUUGGGGAGGUAUUACAUAGGCCGUCAACGCCGCACCUACUCGC